CGAUCAUUUCGACAAUCAAUUUCAAAGCCAAUCCAACUGCAAAGUUGCUUGUCUUUAGAGCUACAGCCAGAGAAAGCUCUUCAUCAUCCAAUGUCUUCUGUUGAAUUUCAAUAAUGCUUCUCUUAGCCUGUAGGUUUGCUUGUGCUCAGUGGUACUGAACAACUAGCUUCAUGAGAGUGAUUUGAACUUGAGAUUGAACGAAUUUUCCAUGUCUGGCAGAAGAAAAGUAACUCUCCAUGGUGGGAAUACUAUCAUCGAGGCGAAUAAGCCCCCUAAGGGAACGGUAUUUUCCAGACUAGGAUCAGAGCGCAGUGGUGACUCAUCGCGCAAGGUGCGCCAUGCAUCCCCGACUCGUCGGAAGCCAUCGGUUGUGUCUGUGCCAGAUCUAGAGCCAUGUCGCAUGUGGGAAAAGACCGGCGACUGUCCAUAUGGCAGCAACUGCAAGAAUGCUCACCCCGAGAAGAAGGGAACCUACUCUUCCUCGUCCUCCUCUGAUGCCCAUGGUAGCAAGGAUCGAAUGAUCAACAUCGAUGCUCCUUCGUCGUCGUCUGUUGACACGCCCUGGCACAAAAAGCCCACCACCAGGACUAUAUCCAACGACGAGGCAACACACCAUCGGUCGCUAUCGUCCAGGGGACACUCUCCUGCCGCCUCGCACAAACGUAAGCGCUAUGCACCUGGUGGCGACGAGGCCCUGGAGCGCUCCGAGUCCAGCAGCAGGAGAAACCCUGCGGAGGCCAAGGGCGGCGGCGGCAGCAGCAGCAGGCCAAGUCAUGAUGAGUACCCGGCUGCCAAGCGCAGGCGGCAUACGAGCUAUGAUGACCGUGGUGAUGCUGGUGCCGAUGUUGGUCGCGGUGCCAGUGCAGAUACGGCGAGCAAGCGACUUAGUACGGACAGUGCCAAGCCAUCUAAACGAGAGCAUCAAGAACACUCUGACCAUCAGUAUAAAGCCGAGCGCUUUGAGCGGACAAUCUCGACCAAAUCGCACCAUUCUGAAGAGUCUGCAGGCAGCAGCAGCAGCAGCCGGGUACGUUCGUCUUCCAGCCAUCACACUGGCAGCAGCAGCACAAGUACCAGCUCAGCCCAUCAUUCUCAUGCCAGUGGUCGCCGUGUGUCGCGCACGAGUGACGCUGCUGACCCUCACGACGCUAACUUUGCCACGGGUCAUUCGUCGCGCACAUCCUCGUCCCACUCUUCUCGCCACACACACGCUGCACCGGGCUCUGCAACAACUAGUAGUGGCAGCAGUGGUGGUGGUGGUGGUGGUGGUGUCGGUGUGCAUUCUCGACACCAUGCAUCAUCAUCUAGCAGCCGCCAUGACAGCCACGUUGACCUUUCUUCUCACCAUGCCGCUGCUUCGGACAAGUCAGCUUCUUCACAUCGGUCAUCCUCGAGCAGGGGCACACAUCACCAUGAACAUGGCGAUCGUGAUCGAGGCCGCAAUGUGUCCGAGAUCUCCGACCGUGACCGCCAGCAGUUGUCAUCCAAGCACGCCAGGUCACCAGAAGGGCACCACAGGAGCCGGUCAGGCGGCGAUCGGAGUGAUCGGCGUUUGCACGAUCACGGCCACACUGCUGCUGGCAGUAGCAGCAGCAGCAGGCAUCACGGCAAGACGCAUGCUGACUUGGCGCAUGAUCGGCAUCAGCUUGUACACGGCAGUGGUGCCAUGCACCACGAUACACCCUCACCUCGCAUCAGAACAGCUGGAAGUCAGCAGCCACACCAACAGCAGCAGCAGGCUCACGGUAAGGAACGCAGUAGGGUAGACAAGCGGCCGGAUCGCCACUCAAGGGAGUCGUCUUCAUCUCGCUCCUCUGCCACGCGACCGCCACGCUCGGAUUCUGCAGGAGCAAGGUCUCAUCACCAACAGCACAGCAGAAGUGGCAGCAGCAGCGGUGGUGGCAGUAGAGCUGGCAAGGACAAGCAUCAUCAUGAGCCCUUAGACACUGAUCUUGAAUCUCGUUCGAUUGCAGGCAGAGGAGAGCGUCUGCUACCGCCAGCUAGCAGCAGUAAUCGAAGCAGGACCGGUGACCGUCAUGAGCCAAUCAAUUUGGAUGCAGAUGGUGCGGAUAGAGACUUGCCCAGCCAAGCCGAAUCUGUUGCUGCAACCAGUGCUACCGCCGGCGUUUCUGUAUCCGGGGCCGAGAGUGAUGUUGACAGGGAGCGGAGGCUUGGCUUUGGUCCGGGGCAGCUAGCAGGUUCAGCAGAAGCAGGAGAUAGCAAUUAUGGUGAUGGCCAGGAGGAGGAGGGCGGUUCCCGACAGCGCAGUGAAAUGGAGGAUAUUGGCUACGAUUUGAGCGAAAGCGAAAGUGAUGAUGGUGAGGGAUUUGCUCAACCGCUGGAGGGCUUUGAAACUGAGGAUGCAGAGGGCAUAGAAGGUGAUCUUGAAGUGAUGGAUGAGGUAGACGAUGGCACUGAUGGUGACAAUGAUGACCAUGACGCCAGUGACAGCGAUGAUAACGACAGUGACGGGGGUAGCGACGAUGACCUACCAGGUAACGAGGCACCUAUGGGUGUAGCACCGAGCAGCUCUUCAGAAUCGUUUGGCCGCAAGCGCAUGCUCAAGGCUGUACUUGUGAAGAAGUUGACGCAGACCGAGGUUCGACAACUGGUGUCCAGCAGGGCCGGUACAUCAGGUGAUCGCAUGGCCGCUGAUAGAGAGCUAGGUGACGACUUCUCAGAGGGCUCCUGGUCCCCCAUGCAGCAAGCUGAAUCAGAGAUGACUCGCGACGAUGACCAUGAAGGUGAAGAAAGUAUGGGCGAAGGAAGUGAUAACGAUGAUGAUGGUGAGCAUCCCGUGUACUCCUUGUACCAAUCAUGGUGCAGUGAGGACGAAGAUGAGGAAUUCCUUGCGCUAUUGCAUGCUGCAGGUCCUGUCGACGAGCAGCCCAAAUCUGCUGCACCAGGGGUUCAAUCUCUGCUCAUCUUGCCGUCGGCAGCUGCAGUUACCGGUUUGGAUAGUGGUGCAAUGCCCGGCGGUGCUGCAGCUGCUGCUGCUACUGUUGGGAAGGAUGCUGGUGUUCGCGCUGCUGCUGCUCUGUAUGAAGAUAUGGAUGCUAUGAGCGAUGAUGACGACUUGAAUGAAAUCCUUCGUGCUGAGAGCUGCGCCGGUGACGAUACUGCGAAGGCGGACGAAGAUGCAUCAACGGAGAAUGACAUCCCCACAACCGGCGCCUCGGUGGAGGACAUUGACUGGUCCGUCUUGGCUCAAGAACAGCAGAAACAGGCUGCUGCUCUUGCCACCAUGGCAGCUGCGGCAGCAGAGACAGAAGCCCCGGAUGUUUCACCUGAACAGUGCCUGGAGAAGUUUACGGCCAAGAGUAUUUUUGAGAGCUGUGGCUUGUCUUUACAGCUCGUUGGUGAGGAGUUGUUGAGCAGUGUGAGAACAUUACUCCCCGAUGCCAGUCAGCUGGACGUUCAGCAGAUGUCCCAAACUCCCAGCUGUGGCGCUUUGGUGCAGAGUCACUUUCAGCGUGCAGCUGACCGGAGUUUUGACAGCAUCCUGAAGUGCAUGAAGGGCCACGCGCUGACGGCUAGAAAAGACCUGGCAAUCCGACAGCAGCUGAAAAAUGCCGACGAUGAUUGCAAGGUGAUCCUGAGCCAGACGGCGUCAGCUAUUCCCGGUGAUGGCGCGUACCUGCGGCCGAGUCUAGAGCUGUACCAUCGGCGCUCCGUGCUGACCACUGCGGGCAAUCAGCCCAGGAUACUUGCCUCCGCUGUUGGCUCUGUCUUAGCGACUUGAAUGCCACGCGCUGCCGUGUGCUGGCGGCGUGCUUACAAUGCUUUGUGUUGUCUCGUCUUCUUCUUGCAACUAGCUCCUAUUUACGUGUAUACUCGUUCGUUGCAAGUACCUACCGGUAGUAGCCGUGGUAUCUUAUUGUUGCUUCCUUGUGCAGGCACAAUGACUUUAGGUGUUGCAUAUAUGCAUGCACUACAUACACUACAUGUACAUCAUCAUUAUUGAUCAGUAUCCUUAUCAUGAACUCUUGAAAAAUCAUUUUCUAGGCUAUCGAUCUAAUUUGCUUGGAAAUUUGCAAUACUGCCAUGAAAAUCAUGCUGCUUUCUUUUCACAAAACACGCCAUGAAACACACAACAUUGUUUCAUUGCAGAUGUACUUAUGAUAACUACAGUACAUUGUAUAUUGUAUUGUUUAUGCUAACAAGUUAGUAGGAUUUUCCCAUGACGUGUACCCUGUCUGUGUAGUACUAGUAAUACAGAUUGAGCUUUCACAAUGUGACGCGAAUACUUCCACUUCACUUUAGAAGUACAUGGCUGUAAUCUGUCGUUCUGCUACCUUUGUGGCAUGGCUCUGCCUCUUGUCUUGUCACUCUUCAUAACGGCAAUUAUUUGACAAUGCGGCAAGUGUUCCACCACUUGGCAUGUA